AUGUCGAACGCGAUAGAGGAUCCCCGGGUCAGGGCGGCCAUUGAGCACUACCUGUUAGAUCUGGAGAACACCCAGCCGAAGAAUACGAAGCGAAAUUAUCGUCCCAAGCAGGAAGAAUGGAAGGAGUGGUGUCAAGCCAACUGGCCUGCGAUCCCGGACGUUUGGCCGGCCUCGGUACCACAGGGCCAACAGCUACCGGGAGACCUGGUCGAUGAAGGAAAGCUCUUGCUCUUCAUGAAGGAGAUACCCGACCACACCAACGUGGCAUGGUCCGAGAGGAAAGAGAUCGCCUGCGCCCUGAGGACGCAGGUGGACUUUCUGCUCGGGAACCACAUGCUGCUGCGGUCCGGCAACCGCCUGCCGAUGGAGUUGGCAGACUGCUUUCCCCUGGACUUACCCAACGAGGGCUGCAAGGCCCAGGGGUAUACCACGAAGGCGCUGGUUGUCGUGAUGAACUGUGGGAAGACCAACCAGCACGGCCGCAUGGAAAGCGAAGACUGGUAUGAAACGAAGGUGCUCCGCCGAUCGGCGAAGGAGCCUCAAGCUCCGUUGUCGGGCCAGACUGCCCGAGAAUGGACGUCCAGGUUCUACAAGAAGGCCGGCAUCAAGGUCUCCAAGGUCAGCCAUGCGCCUAGAGUGGCCGCGACGCAAAACGCCGACAUGGCCGGAGUGGAUGAAGGCCAGAUCCGCCGAGCCGGUCGUUGGAAUAACGGAGACCAAAUGACCGGCUGCUAUCUGACUUCCUGCCUUUCGAAUUCAUGA